UUCGAACGGCCACGUUUUCCAUGUUCUCCGGGGAAAAUUUAUCGGCCGCUGGCCGAGGAAACGUUAUGACGUCUGAUAACGUUACAGAAGACUACCGGAUAAUCCUGCCACGUCUGACAUCAGGUAACCUGAGCCUGAAUUCCGUUUUCUUGCAUGGGGACCUCUCGGCGCGCCCGUAUCGAGCUCCUGAUUUUCGAGACGCCCUACGUGGCAUCGUCGAAUUGAAGGACGUUGUGAGCCUCGGACAGUUCCAGAUGUCUCACGUCUGGAUGCUGACGUGUGUCAACGCUGUUACCAAGGCAAAGCUCGUCGCUCAACGAGAGCUCCGCGUGAAAGGCCGAAAGUGCCUCAUCAUUGACCCGGACAAGCAAGAAGUAAACCUAAAGCUUCUUUGGCUUCCACAGCAUCUAGAGGAUCGACGAGUUAUCGAAGCUCUCGCCCCGUUUGGCAAAGUGCGAUCGAUCAAGAGAGAAAAAUGGAGGUGUAGCGAGCUUGAGCACAUGGAGACUCUAAAUCGAGAGGUAGUACUGGUAUUAGGGGAUGGUGUCAAUGCCAGUCAGAUACCACAUCUCCUUCAAGUCUACGGAUGCCAGAGCCUCGUCCUUAUUCCUGGCCGACCUCCGCUGUGCUUGCGCUGCAACAAAGUGGGACAUAUUCGACGCUACUGUAGAACACCGAGGUGCUCCAACUGCCGGCGGUAUGGUCACCAAACCGAGGAGUGUGUCAACGGCGCCACCUAUGCGGACAUGUUACGACAACGUCAAACACACGAAGAUGACACAGCGGCGGAGCUCCUAAUGGACGUCAGUGAGGUAGCUGACGUCACCGGGGAAUUGCCACCCGUUGAAUCGGCCCAUCCUUCACGAGACGCACGGCCCGGGGACAGUACAGACACCCAGCCAUCACAAAACAUCGACAAGAAUGAAGAAUUUCCAGUGUUGGAACCUGCAGCAUCCCCAAACACCAGCACCACACAGAAUGCGCACGUGGAACCUGAUGCGACUCCCGUACCGACUGUCUCCAAGGCUCCGACUACACCUCAGCACACAGUUAGCGAGGACGGCCCUUCCUCGAGCAGCAGCCAACCACUCAAACGACCGGCACCGGUUGACACAGAGGCACCUUCGUGUUCAAGCGGGUCCUCAACACUACUCAACCGUGUUGGCGACGGAGACGUCGCCAAAAAGAAGGCAUCGGGGUCCCGUGCCAAGCCGAACGCGAAGCCAGGAGCUACCUAAAGUGUGGCGAGUGUCGUUCAACGCUGAAAUGCGGCCUCUAUGAGGACGGAUAGAAGCUAAGACUAUUCCCCUAAAUUUCACAACACUAAACGUCCGAGGUCUAAGAUCUCGUGCGAGGCAGGUGCAACUUUGUCGGCUCUUGCAACGUGAGCGGCUGGACAUUGUUGCGAUUCAGGAGACAAAGAUAGAGUCGGAGGAGGCCACAACAAGUGCGCUCCAGCCUUUUCUACACAGGUAUGAAGUUUGUGUGAGUCACGCUGUGGGGCUAUCGGCUGGUUGUUUCUUGUUUCUCCGCAAAGACUUGAACUACACCUCGCUCUCGUACACGGUUGACACUGAAGGUCGUUUUAUCUGUUGUGACAUUUACUUAGAGGGAAUUCACUGGCGGCUGAUUUGCGUUU